AUGUCACCGUUCUUUGCGACGCGGCCCUCGCAGGCCAUUGGGGGAGCACAUAUGGCCACGGACUUGGACGAUCCCGCCUCACAUUUCGACUCCUUGCUUGGAGACCCGUUCGCCGAUGCGGACGCCGAGUCGCUCCGGUCGUCCCGCUAUCCGGACCCGGACAUGGUCUCAAUACGCUCCCUGCACUCUCGCACCUCCCACGUAGACUCGCUGCUCUCCCGCCCUCUCAUUCAGGACCACACGAAGAGACUACCGCCACCGGGACCCAACAAGCUGCAUCGUCGUCGGAAUCAAUACCCCCACUUCGACAACAGGACCGUCGUGAUCCCGGAGUCCUCAACAUCACACCACGAGAACUCACACCACCAACAACAGGAGCAUCAACAGCAACAGUUCGAGUCUCAGCUGCAAACAACUCCGGGAAUCACACGAUCAAAGUCAACCCGGACCCGCCAAGUCAGCGCUGAUCACCAGCAGGGACAGUUAAACCACAAGAGGGCAAAAUCAUACACCCUGUCCGGCGGUCCCUCGUCGUGGCUGACGAGCAACUCUCUGGUCGACGUGAGGCGGUCGGGGACGUGGACGGGCGAGAGGCGGGAGAUCAGGAAGUUGCAGAAGGAGCACCCUGCCGGGUCUGCGCGGCCGAGCAUGUCGCUGGAGAUCAGCGAUGGCGACGGGCCGUCGGCGGAUGGCGGGGAGAGGGGCUCCGGGCUGGGCGUGAGGCGGAAGAUGGGGCGGUUGAGGGAGCUGUACCGAAAGUGA